CAUUCGGCCAUCGUCAAUGUCAAUGACGGCGACGACGAUGAGGUGCACUCAAUUCAUGGCGGUCCCAAUCAGGUGCCGCCAGUGCUUGAGAUGUUCGAGGUUUAAGGCUCAUGGAGCGAGAACCUUGGGCGGGGUAGCUGCGCUAUCAACCAGCGCGGCCAGCCACAAGAGGGCGCAAGCUUCUCCACUCAGAGGGCCCUCGGUGUCACAGAGAAUUCGAUCGCAGCUCCAGCAACGGCACCCGCAAAAGCAAGAAGAGCCUGCGCAUCAAAGGCAACCACAAAGCAAAUCAACACAAAGCGACAGCGCCUCGACGUCCAGCGUGGAAAGGGAGACUAAAGUCUUGACACUCCCCUUCUCCUUUACCACCGAAUAUGCUCGAGACUUCGCGGAAAAGAUGGCCAUCCCUCUCAUCUACUUUCGCGGUAGGUUCUUUCAGAGCGCUCUUUAUAUACUGUCACUGGUCUUUCGUAAGGUUUUUGGGAGAUCGCAACGGGCCGACCGCGUAGAGGCGAACGUUAAGCUCAAAAGGCUGAGCAAAGUCUAUCUGCCAUACUGGAUUGUCGAUGCAAGCGUCUCGACGAGGUGCAACGGCCCGGAUGGCGAAGCGGAAACAUCACUCCACACUCAAGGCCUUCAAUUGCCCGCCCAUGAUUGGGCACCUAUCCGGACAGUGCCGGUCAGGAUUCCAAGGGACCACGAAAGGACGUUUGAGGCUUUCGACCGAACAAAACACCUCAGCUCAACGGAUGAGUCGGGAGAUGAGGCUGCCGAGAUGCUCCCCUUCGCCGUCUCACCGCUGGAGCUUCCGCGAUACCUCGCAUCUCGCCCCGAGGACAAAGAAGCGACCGCUACAAUCGACGGCGAAGAGGUCUCAUUCAAACUCGACACCCUUCAAACCGACCUGCUGGCAGCGUAUCCCGUGUUGUUGCCUUUUCAUCUGGCACUGUACCACUGCAUCGAAGAAGGUUCUGCUCAUCGACAAGUAACGAUGGCGAUGCCGGCAUGGAGAUUUGAACCAUCAUCCUGUCUCGUGAAAGAAACUUCAGACACUGACGUCAGCGAAAGCGAAUGGGCGGCACUCGCCGACAGCAGGAGAUCGCCCCUCUGCGUGUCGCUGUUCGACAUCUGCUCACUGUCAGCUUAUCCACGGUUGCCAAUCGCGGGCACGCGGCCACGCACUGUGCCGGAAGGCGAAAGCCGCCAAGACCGAUACGAGAGGGAGACAGCAAAGAUAAAAGAGGAGAUGCAGAGAAAGGGCAUCGAGGACGAUUAUGACAAUUUUGACGAGUACGGCAAAGCCUACAGAGCAAUUAAGCAGCGGCUCGCGGAAGAGGACAACGAAGCAUUACGGCGAAAGACCGAGGACGAGAUGCAGUCACGCCAGCAGGCGAUCCUUCAAGUGCUUGCCCAUUUCACCGUCGAAGCUCAAGCCCGCUGGCUGAAAACAUUGAGAUGGAGUCGGCUUCAGGAAAUGCAAGCAGAAUCCGUGAAGGAUAGGCCCGCGACUGUGGAGACCAGCGCGGGCUUAGGUGCCGCCAUCGAUUGGGAUAGUCCCCAGAUCAUGCGCCUCGGGUCCAUCCAGUGUAACGAGAAUCGACUCUAUCUCGCCGAAAAGAUCCACUUCGACGGUAUCCGCCUCAGGGUCGCGUCCACCGAGGCCAGCGUCGAAGAGGGACAGGAGUCUCUGUGGGGCAACGUGAAAUCGGCAGCUGACCACAUGUCAGAGGCGCACUUCCGAAUGAAGCAGAAAGUCCCUCAAUGGCUCAAGGCCAUGCGUGAGGAGACUCGCCAGAAGCGCGACGAGCGUGCCAGUCCGACAAAGAGAGUGUAACAUUACAAUCACUUCAAGUAGUAUCUGAGCAAUCUUCAUCUAAUGAGUGACA